AUGUCUGACUCGGAGGCGAGCACUGCGAUGGCUGAGGAGGGCAAGCCCGACGAGAAGACGCUGCAGGUGCUGCGGGACAUGGCCAACCGCCUGCGCAUCCAUUCCAUCAGGGCCACAUGCACUUCGAGCUCUGGCCACCCCACAUCGUGCAGCAGCGCUGCUGAGAUCAUGUCCGUGCUUUUCUUCUACACGAUGAGGUACAGACAGACAGACCCGGAGAACCCAGACAAUGACCGCUUCAUCCUCUCGAAGAGGCUGUCGUUUGUUGAUGUGGCAACAGGCUGGUUUGGACAAGGACUGGGGGCUGCAUGUGGAAUGGCAUACACUGGCAGGUAUUUCGACAAGGCCAGCUACCGGGUGUUCUGCCUCUUGGGAGAUGGUGAGACCUCAGAAGGCUCCGUCUGGGAAGCAAUGACCUUCGCUUCUUACUACAAUCUGGACAACCUCGUGGCGAUCUUUGACGUGAACCGUCUGGGACAUGGUGGCACCUUGCCCGUUGAGCACUGCAUAGAGAUCUACCAGAAGCGCUGCGAGGCCUUUGGGUGGAAUACUUAUGUGGUGGAUGGCCGGGACGUGGAGGCACUGUGCCAGGUAUUCUGGCAGGCAGCUCAAGUGAAGGGCAAGCCCACUGCUGUGGUUGCCAAGACCUUCAAGGGCCGGGGCAUGCCAAAUGUUGAAGAUGCAGAAAGUUGGUAUGGAAAACCAGUGCCAAAAGAAAGAGCAGAUGUAAUUAUCAAGUUAAUUGAGAGCCAGAUACAGACCAGUAGAAAUCUUGUGCCAAAACCCCCUAUUGAGGAUUCUCCUCAAGUCAGCAUCACAGAUGUAAAGAUGAUCUCUUUGCCUGCUUAUGAAAUUGGCGACCAGGUGGCUACUCGGAAAGCCUGUGGUUUGGCUCUAGCCAAACUGGGUUAUGCAAAUGACAGAGUCGUUGUGCUGGAUGGUGACACCAAGAAUGCUACUUUCUCUGAAAUAUUCAAGAAAGAGCACCCUGAGCGCUUCAUUGACUGUUUUGUUGCUGAGCAAAACAUGGUGAACGUGGCACUGGGCUGUGCCAUCCGUGGUCGGACCAUAACUUUUGCAAGCACCUUUGCCACCUUUUUGACCCGAGCAUUCAGUCAGCUGCGCACAGGAGCCAUCUGUGAAACCAGCAUCAGCCUUAUUGGCUCCCACUGUGGGGUGUCCGUGGGUGAGGACGGCCCUUCCCAGAUGGCCCUAGAAGACCUGGCCAUGUUCCGAGCCAUUCCCAAUUGCACUAUUUUCUACCCAAGUGAUGCUGUCUCUACCGAGAAUGCUGUCUGCCUGGCAGCCAACACCAAGGGAAUGUGCUUCAUUCGCACCAGCCAGCCAGAAACUGCAGUUAUUUACAGCCCGCAAGAAACCUUCAAGAUCGGACAAGCCAAGGUUGUCCGCCAAAGUGUCAAUGACAAGGUCACAGUUAUUGGAGCUGGAGUUACUCUCCAUGAAGCCUUACUGGCUGCUGAUGAUCUUUCUAAAGAAGGUAUUUUUAUCCGCGUCAUUGACCUGUUUACUGUUAAACCCCUGGAUGCUGCCACCAUCAUCUCCAACGCUAAAGCCACAGGUGGCCUGAUUAUCACAGUGGAGGAUCACUAUGCAGAAGGUGGCCUCGGGGAAGCUGUGUGUGCUGCCGUCUCCAAGGAGCCUGAAAUCGUGGUUCAUCAGCUGGCAGUGGCAGGAGUGCCCCGGAGUGGGAAACCUAGUGAGCUGCUGGAUGUGUUUGGAAUCAGUGCUAGACACAUCAUGGUGUCCGUGAAAUGCAUUUUAAUGAACUAA